AUGCGAGCGAUUCUAGUUGAUUGGAUGUCUGAAUUGUGCUAUAAUUACUCCUUGCACCGAGUAACGUUCCAUAUCGCUGUAUCGAUUUUGGAUCGUUACCUGUCUCAAGUCUAUACCACCAAGCGCAGUGAAUUUCAAACACUGGGAGCUGUCUGCGUGCUUCUUUCCACAAAGCUUUGCGUAAUAUUGUUUGUUUUUAUCGUGAUUCAUAGGAGCCAGUGUCGAUUAAUCUUGCCACACUGA